GCAAUCUAUAUUUCCGAAAUGAAUUACGUCCGCCCAAAAAGUAAAUUAGGAAAUAUUAUUAUAAGAAACUGGGAUUUCCAUGUUCAAUUUGAGCUGUGCUCGUUUCUGUUAGCCAGUUAGCCAGCCAGGUAGUGCCUUGCCUAGCACGUCCUUUUCUUUCUCUUUCUUCGUGGUCUCAAUUUCCGUGCUUCUCCUUUAACAAGUAGGGUGUACUCCCUUGACUGCUUUUCGUCAUGAGCGUCCUUGUACCCACCAAGUUUCCCAGCGUCGCCGCUGUCAUGCUUGCCUGCGCUGUAUCUUUCGUUUGCCUGUUGCUUGCACGCAUAUUGUAUUCCUUUAUGCGCCUCUGGUCUUGUCAUUCUCUAUCAACAGCAUCCAACGAGAAGACCCCUGCUUGGUCCUCUUUGUUGUCGCUAACCAACACAUGGAGUCGGUCUUUGCAGCAUGCUCUCCCAGCAUCACUGCCCUUUUCUUUGACCAUCCCGGAGAAACCAUCGCCUGAAGUUGGCACAGGAGCAGGCGUAGGACUUUCGCACAAACGUUUGGAAUAUCUUCCUGGCAAUUGGCGAUUGUGUCGACCAGUUCCUCAAUUCCAGCCACCACGUGAGCCACGAAUUUCUAUCGGUUUCUGUGUUGCAAUACUAACUUAUUGCAUUAUAGCACCGGCCGUGUAUCAAAAUCCUGCGCCUCUCUCCAUGGCAAAGCUGAUCAUGUCACGACACACCUUCCGCCGCCCCAAUCCAAACCGCCCACGGAAAUUGUCUACCGCAUCCUCAUCCCGCCCGCCACAGCCCACCUCCCACCUGUUCCAUUCCAUAGCAUAAACAUAAAUAAUACUUCAUUCCCGCGCCAAGAUAACACCGCAUUUUAGGGUGUGUGGAUGGGCUGCACACUCUGGCCGGAAAUAACUUAUACCUCACCCACGCUAAUUCACGAACAAAUCUCAAUGGAUUGGUCACUCAUAGUCCACUGGCAUGAGCUCUGACGAUAUACCACGGUAUCUACGUGUUUAUUUAUGAUUGGAC